AUGACCACUGCAGGGUCAGGGUCGGAGAAGACUUCAGUGCAAGUGGCACUGCGUAUAAGGCCUAUCACAACAGCUGACUUAGUAAAUCUACCGACUCGAUUCCAACGGCAAGUGCUUACUAUUCCACCAAAUACACAAAAUCAAGUGGUAGUUCAAGCUGAAAAAAAACCAACAUUUUCAUAUGACCACGUUUUUGGACCCGACACAACGCAAAAGAAUGUCUACGAAACAGCUGUUCUUAACAUGGUAGACAAAUUCAUGGAAGGAUACAAUGUGACUAUUCUAGCGUAUGGACAAACAUCAUCUGGGAAAACAUUCACAAUGGGAACAGCAGACAGUUCAUCACAGUCACCAGAAACAAAAGGCAUUAUUCCGCGAGCAAUGGCAACAGUCUUCUCUCAUAUGAACUCGCCAAAAUACAAGAGUAGACGAUUCACAACCAAGGUAUCAUUUAUUGAAAUCUACAAUGAAGAACUAAUAGAUCUUUUGGGAGAAUCGUAUGGAGAGGAACGACCGCAAGUAACAAUCAGAGAAGACACGAAGGGGAAAAUUAUAUGGAAUGGAUUGCAAGAAUUCAAAGUUAACUCUGCUGAUGAAGUGAUGAGCCAUUUGACGAGAGGUUCACUUAAUCGUCAAGUAGGAGCAACAGAUAUGAACGCUCAAUCAUCGCGAUCGCACGCAAUAUUUUCCGUUACUCUCACUCAACAAAAACCAGUCUCAUCCGGUGGAGCGAAUCCUGUGGCUUCUCUUGCUCAAUCGGGAAUAGCACGGUCAUCUACACCAACUCGAUUACAACCACCAACAAGGACAAGUUCUCGGAUUGGGAAGAGACCCGAAGAAGAAGGAAGUUGGGUUACCAUCACCAGUAAAUUUCAUUUCGUAGAUUUGGCCGGUAGUGAAAGGUUAAAACGCACGUCAGCAGUCGGAGAACGUGCAAAAGAAGGAAUAUCUAUCAACUCUGGUUUACUCGCAUUAGGAAAUGUAAUUUCUGCUCUGGGCGAUCCCAACAAAGCAAAACACACAACUCAUAUUCCCUAUCGGGACUCGAAACUCACCCGUUUGCUACAAGACUCACUUGGUGGAAACGCACAAACACUCAUGAUUGCAUGCGUAUCACCUGCAGAAUAUAAUCUUAACGAAACAAUAAAUACACUUAAAUACGCAAAUAGAGCUCGUAACAUCAAGAAUACGGCGUCGGUCAAUCAGGAAGAAGUAGGGUGGCAUGAUUUAGAACAUUUACAGAGUUUAGUACUUAAAUUAAGAGCAGAGAUUAAAGCAUUAAAAGCUGGAGGCGCUAUUGAACCAGGCGCUAGUGCCACACUGCCAAGCGCCGGUCAAGAGAGUUUAUUACAAUUACGCCGAGCCUCUGUAUCUUCAAGCGCAGGUUCAACCAGCGGUCAGAAAAAUGGUGACAUAGAUGCAUACGAAGAACAAUUGAUGGAGCUACGCCAAUCAUAUUUUGAAUUAUCACAAAAAUAUGCAAAGCUAAACGCUGAACUUGCCAAGCAUCAAGAUAAUGCUGUGAACGCAGACGGUGAAAUGCCAAAUGGUAGCACUAAUCUUGCCGUCGAGAAAGAGGACGAUGAUCGAGUCUCUCUCAGACAUGCUUCUGCUAGUUUUCAAGCCGCUGUGGAACCUGUAAUUGAAGAGUAUGAAAGGUCAAUCUCCGCACUAGAAAGUCGACUUGCCAUCGCUCAAGCUGCUCUCAAUCACUCUGAAAAUUUACUUCUCGCACAAGAAAGCAAGAUCGAACAAGCUAAACAAACCAUCGAACAAAAUGGUAAUUUGAUUGCUGAUCUCGGAAGUAAGCUUGGUAAAUUAAAAGAACGCGAGGCGACGGCUGAGUUAUAUAUCAAGGACCUUGAGAAUAAGCUAGAACACCAUGCAGAAGAACAGAAAAAAGACCAGAAUCUUAUUACUGAGCUACGAACGAAAAUCAACCACAUGAAAAGUAGCGGGUCUAACAGCGAAGGUUAUAUCCAAGAUCUCGAGACAAGAUUGUCUAAGAGUGAAGAGGCUCGACAACAACUUGUUCAAACUUGUGAACGUUUAGAGAAGAGACUUCAGCGACAAGAAGAAUCAUAUCAGGAGUUGGAAGAUAGAUUGAAAGAAGCAGACGUUGAGGCAGAUAAACAGACGCUGCUUAAUGCUCUUACUGAUCGCAACCGUCGCAUAACCCAGUUAGAAAAGAAAGUCGAGGAGCUUAUAAAUGAAGUAGAAAAGCUUAGAAAACUCAAGGAGCACGAACACGAUCACGUCUCUCACAAUCGAUCUAUAUCAACUUCUUCAAUCAUUAGUGACGUUGAUAAAGAUACGCCAUUUACCACGCCAACAACAUCUAAAGCCGCAACGCCUACAAGUGAACGGGAUAACUCCUCUAAUGCGGAGCUUGAAGGAAAGUUAGCUGACCUUCAACGGAUUCACGGUGCCACGGUUGCAGAAUACAUGGAUGUCAAAACAAAGUACCAAGCGUGUCUUGAUGAAAUAAAUGAGCUACAGUCGCAGCUUCAAGAAGCGAAAAUGAUGGCAGUUGAAUUACCAAACAUGUCAACUCCUCGGAAUUCUUUCACUCUUAAAUUAUCCUCUGGAGAGCAGCAAGCAGAUGGACGGCCGCAGCCCCGUAGAGCAAGGUCUCUGGGUACAGAAAUUCGCGGCGCAGAGAAUUAUGAGCUUAAUGCUACUGCAUUACUUAAUAAGUUACAAGGCGGCCAUCCGCAAGAUAUUGAAGCAAUAAAGGAAGAGUUUACGCAGUUGCAAGCUAGUCAUCGUGAAGCUUUGCAACUCAUUGAAAAACUGAAAGAGGAAAUCCAAUUAAAUAAGGAAACGGCUGGCAAGCGUAUUAAUGGUCUUACCUCUGCUGAAGCGGGCGAAGCCGCUGCUCGAUUUGACCUGGUUAAAGAGUUGGCCAAGGAGGUCGAUUCGCUAAAAGAGCGACAGCGGUUGGUUGAGACUCUUGCCGAGCAAAGGAAGAGUAAUGAUGUUCUAGUGUUGGAGAGUGAGAUAGAAACAUUAAAAAAUCAGCUACAUUCUACUGUUAGGGAGAAGGAAGCUGUGAUGAGUAGCAAAAUUAACGACGACGUUGUCGAUGGGCUAGACGCUAAGAUAAAGGAAAUGGAGUUGAAACUUUUAGAAGCGAAUAAGGCAAACCAGCAAGCUUUCGAGUCGCAAUCCGAAGAAAUGCAAGCUUCACUUCGUCAAAACAUGAAAAAUCUCGAAAAAGAAAUCGAAAUCAAAAACCAGACUAUUAAUUCUUUAUUACUACCUUUCAUGCAACAGCAAGAUACAAUAAAGCGUCUAGAGAGCGAACUUCAAGAGGCAAGAGAGCAGUAUAGUUUAUCCUUAGAUUCUGUUAAUAAAGAUGCCGCAGAAUCUGCUGAAAUUAAGGGCGACUCGUCCGAGCUCACUGAUCAAGCAGCGGAAAGUCAAUCUGACGCAGCCGAGAAGCUUCGACAAAUGGAAGAGAAGAUCAAGUCAUUAGAGCUCCAACUUGCUAGCUCGAAAACAUCACAGAUAUUCUCAAACCCUUCAGAUGCGGCACAGAAAUCUGUCGAUUCACUCAAGGAAAAGCUUUCUGCUUUAGAAGGAGAACUUGCUGGCAAAACGAUAACUGAUGAGAGUUUACAAGCACAACAGGAAAAUAUUGCCUCUCUUCAGACACACCUUGACGAACUUAAUGCAGAUAUAAAACGAAAGCAUGACAUUAUUGAAGUACUAAAACGUGAUCUACUUGAUAAGAACCUUAUACAGAAGCAAUUGUUGGAAAAAGAGGAAGAGGCAGAAGAGUUGAAAGAGAAACUCAGGAAGGCUCAAGAGAGCGAAGAAAAUCUAGUGAAAGAAAUGCAAGAACUAAAGGCACAGCUCGAAGCCGAUCUCGCACUAUCACGCAAAUCCAAGGAUGAAGUGGACAGAGACUUGCAAGAUUUGAAAGAUGCAUUCGAAACUCAGUCGCAGUUGGUUGUCAAGCUAGAAAGUGAGAUAGAAUUUUUGCAAAAAGACUUAAGUAAUACUAGAAAUGACUCUGAGUCUGGGUCAAACGAGUUGAAUGAACUCAGCAGAGUACUUAACAAGACUCUGCAACAAAAAGAAGAGCUUGAAGUGAUGGUUAAACAACUAGAGGAAGAGAUAUCGACAGUCUUAGCCGAGAAUGAAAAAGCAGCUCGCGAGCAACUAACCAAUAGUAAACUUGAAAUGCAAGCAUUGAACGACAUUCUGACAGAACUUGAGAACCAACUAUCUGCUACCGAAAAACAAAGGGACGAGUCCUUACAGCGUACUGACGAGCUUACAAAAUUGCUCGAACAAAAAGAUGUUGAUUAUAAGAAAGCUACAGCUGACCUCGAGUUGGCGCUUGCUGAAUUACAGCAAGAAUACGCUCAAUCGAAAGAAGAUCUUACACAAGUUAAAUCAGAACUUGCUGAUGCCAAAGCUGUUGAGGAGAAACAGGCUGUGGUUAUUGGUGAACUGGAAGAACAGCUGGGGUCUGCCGAAGAGAAACAGUCUAUGGUUGUCGCCGAAUUGGAAGAACAGUUGAGAUCUGUAACUUCUAGUCUUGAGAAGGAAUCAGCAUCUAACAGUUCUAUGGUUGCACAGCUACAAGCUUCAAUAGAAGACAAUCAGUUGGAACUUGAAAAUGCUAGAAUUGCAGAGAAAGCGAAAUCCGAAAGAGUGAAAGAGUUGGAAACCAAGUUGGCGGAUGUUGAACUUAAGUCAAAACAAACUGAAGAAAUAUUUGCAAGUGAUGAAGAUCCUUAUAACACUAUAUUACAAAUUAGUAUGCAACACGAUCAAACAAAGCACUCGUUAGAACAAAGAGAAUUGGAAAUUGCAUCAUUGAAAGAAGAUCUCUCCAAAGUACAAUCCGAGCUCGGACAAGUACAGGCUUCUGAGGCGAUGCAAGUCGAACUUGUUACAUCGCUCGAAGAUCAAAUGAAGAAAAUCGAGCUUGAACUCGCCCAAUACAAAUCAUCCGCUCAAUCCAACGAUUCGAAUGCGCUUUUAACAGAAAGAAUCGAUCAUCUUGAAGCAGAAAACGAAGGGCUUGAACAAGCUAAUAAAACUCUAUUUGAAGAUCGAGGGAAGCUAGACCAGAAAGUAGAAUCGUUGAUUCAGCAACUCCAAGCCUCUGGGUUGGAAGGAAAUUCAACGGCAACAAUGCUUGCUGAACUCAAUCUCAAGAUUAAUUCGUUGGAGAAUGAAGUUGAGGAUAAAAAACAAAAGGCACAGCAGGAUUCUUUAGAAAUGGAGCGAGAAAUAGGAAGAUUACUUGUCGAAAAUGAAAGACUAGAUCGUGAACUCAAGGAGCGAUCUGAAAUUCACACCAAGGGAGGUCAUGAGUCAUGGGACUCUGGUUAUGUGUCUCUUCCAAGUGCUACCAUACAAGAUGGCGCAUCACAAAAUAUUCUCAACGAUAACACAAUUCCGGCUAAAGUCCAAGCCACCAUAACACAGCAGAAUAUACUCAUUAAAUCACUUCAAGAGAAGAUUGCCGAUCUCGAACGAAGGAAUUCAAAAGUCGUUAGUUCGCCUACCGUCAACACCCAAGGUACAGACGUUGACGCAAUGGUUAAUGCCGCUCGUACACGUCCACGGACACGUUCACGUUCGUCUUCUUUCUCGUCAGACAUUGUUAAACGUACCGGAUUACGACCAGGUGCCGCAGCAAAUAUGCUCAAGUCACUUCCUCCAACUCCACCACCUAAUCAACCACUUCCUCCUCCUCCCACCGAGCUUCCUCCGCCACCGUCACCGUCACCCGACGUUUCAUCUCCAGGUGUUAUACCACCACCUCUACGCAUACCUCAACGCCCUUACCCCGAAUCACAGACAAAUGACGUAUCAGCCGAAAUGCAGAAGCUUCAUAAGAAGAUUGCUAAGAUGGAAGGAGAGAGUAUCCAAACCAGUCAAUUAGUAUCUGAGCUUGAGAAUGAAGUCACCGAAUAUGAGAAGGAGCUCCGUACUGCCAAGCAACAACUUGAUACACUACGAAAAGAAAAGACCGAAUCAUCACAGACUGUGAAGAAGUUACAUCUGCAAUUGGAGAAUGCAUUGGCAGAACUUGAAAAAGCCAAAUCACAAAAAAUUACAUCAAUGAACUUGCCAUCACAACCUCCUUCCCCACCGUCGGUACUCUAUGGUAAUUGCCGCGACUGCGGUAAAGCACGUACAAUCUUCAAUUGGUGUCAUGCAUGCGAAUCACAGUGGUUUCAAGAAAACUUUUCAAACUGGACAAGUGGGAACGAGCAGAUCGAUGCCAUUGUUCGUACCUCGCAAGAAAAUGCAAAACAAGGGGGAGAUUUCUUGGAAUGGAUUCCCUUUGAUCAGUUUGAACUUAUUACGUAUUCUAUUAGGGGCGGAUACGGUGCAGUGUAUAAGGCUAUCUGGUUAGAAGGACCGAGAAGUGUUUGGGAUGAGAUUUCGUUAGAAUGGAGGCGACUGGGUCCUACUAAAGUUGCACUUAAGAGAUUGGAUAAUUCGUGUAGAAUGAGCAGGGAAUUUUUGGAGAAGGUGGGUAUGGAGUGGUCGGAUGAAACGGAGAUAUCUAGAAAUCAAAAAGCUCUUUACAACCACCGUAUGGUAGAUACAUAUGGAAUUACAAAGGACUUGACGGACUGCUACAUGUUCGUAAUGAGGUUUUACGAAGCUGGCAAUCUCUACGACUUUAUAGACAAAAACGGACUGGAGCUAUCCUGGCAAAAAAGAGUCGAGACGAUUUGGGGAAUAUCAGAAGGACUGGAACUUCUCCACAGAAUUGAUUUAAUACAUGGUAAUCUACAUGGGGGUAAUGUAUUAGUGGAUUGGAAUCGUGAAUUGAAUACGGUAGACGCGCGUAUUGCUGAUAUUGGAUUAAGUGGACCAGCUGACUCACCUUUAAGUAAUGUUGUAUAUGGAGUGUUACCAUAUGUUGCACCCGAAAUAUUACUCGGGCAUGAAUAUACUAAAGCGGCUGACAUCUACAGUUUCGGUGUGAUCAUGUGGUCUGUUGCUGCUGCGCAAAGACCAUUUGAUGACGAUCCGCAUGACAAAGACCUUGCAUAUGAGAUAUGUCACCAAAGACGCAGGCCAGAGGAACCUGAUAAAAUACCAGACGCGUUCAAGCAACUAAUGAUGGAAUGUUGGGAUGAAGAUCAGUCUAAAAGACCAAACGCGACUAUAUUAAACAAGACUAUACAGAGUUGGAUUUUUGAAAUGACAAGUGGAAGUGAACUGGGCAGGGAUUUCGAGGAUGCCCAACGAUUUGUGGAUGAGUUGGCAAAUUUUGAAAGAGAAGUAUUUUAUCCAGCAGAAGGCACACAUUAUGUCAGCAGACUAUUGUGUUUCCCAAACCUAAGAGACAGAAGCCCCUUUGAGCAAAACAUGAAUGAAGAGCAGGACUACUCAUCCGAUGAAGCAGUCAAUUAUCCUGGAAACAAUCGCCAGUUUACAUAUCCAGAUAUAUGA